AAAAAAAAGAAAGAAAGAAAAGGUGUCCUCUUAACUGGCCCUGUCCUAAUUCUGUAACGUGACCAUAUUCAAUGGAACAGUAAGAGAAAAAAAAAAUGAUCUGUGCAUUUUGUAUCCGUUGGUCAGAGGGGUUGUAGUAAAGUUCUUUCUUUAGCAAAACAGAUUCCUGGAGGUUUUGAAAGUCACUCUAUUGUGUCAGCAGGCUGAAUUCAUUAUCAUUUCUCCAUCUAAUUAUUUAGAAGGGCUGGAGACAGAAGAGAGCGAGUUAAGUGGCCCUCUAGCCCAUGCAUUUCAUGUAACCCCUGGGUCUGGCUCUUACUUACCCUGUUUCCUGUAAGGGGGCGCUCCCUGAGGCAGGCCCUUUGCAGGAGGACCCAGAAUUGCCCUGCUUAGUCUGGGACAUCCUCAAGAUGGUUGCCAGUCUCUGGAAGGCUUGUGGAUCCUGCCAGGGAUGGCCCAGAGCUAGUCUCAACCCAAAUCAGUGGAGUUUGGCCAAAUCUGGACAUAAGAGAUCAAAUGGAUAUUGAGGUCAGUGGAUUCUACUCUGGAGAGCGCCCUGCGAAUCAAGUGUGGGCUUUUUUCUCCUUUGGCCUAUUUGCUGUUCUUUCUGCUACCACUGUUGUUUAAGUGUAAUCACUGAAAUCUACUCCUUUAUGUGUUCCUGUACUUUGCACCCCUGGUACCUUCCAAAGCUUCACACUCCAAAGCCUCUUUCAUUUGUAAGAUCAAGUUCCUAUUCCACUGAGUUUCCAAACCAGGGAGUUUUUCUCUCCCAGGCUCCCAAAGUUUUCACGUUGACUUUGCAUUUUAGAAGAUGACGUUUCAGGCUGGCUUCACCAGCCGCUGGACAGAGUUUCCAUGUAGGACACCUGGUGUACCAUCAUUCCAGGGCCGUUGCCCUUAGUUUAUCCUAGCAUGUGAGAAGUGUAGUUUGACAUCCAUUCAUUUAUUCAUCUCACAAGUAUUUAUUGAGUACCUACUUAUUAGAGCUAAUCUCAAAUUAUGUGCAAUCAUUACUCUGAGUUAUGCCAUAGGAUGGAGUAGAUCUGCAGUGAUCUAACCUGAAAAGGCAUUUUGAAAUCUUAAUUGCCUGCUGGAACCUCCCCCUGGCACUGCUUCCCAUGGGCCAGUGUGGCUGUGCACACCCACACCCUCCCUACUGGGGAGUGACCCCAGCAUUAGGCGAUUUUACCUAAAAGCCGGUCCCACAGCACAGGCUCUGAAGCAGAACAGAAAGUGCCCGGGUCUGCAGGCAGACACACUUCUGUUCCUGGCUGCAGCUCCAACCAGCUCUGUGAAAUUGGGCGAGUCAUUUCACCUCUGUUCCUCCAUUUCCUCAUUUCUAAAAUGGGAUGAGGACCUGACCCUUCUACCUUUGUACAGUUAUUAUGAGGAUUUCCGUAUUUACUUGGGUCAAGCUGCCAAUUUUUCUCAGCAGUUAUAUCGACAAUGCAGGUGCACUGGCUAGGAAGAAUAAUCGCCUAAUUUGGGGCCUUCAGAAUGUGUCUUUUGAUCUUGCAUCCAAGUGUGCAUACUGAGACAGGCUGGGCAGCAGGAGCCAGUUGGAAGGGGUGGAAACUCACUAAUGUGAAAAGACUGUCCCCACAUUCUUUCUUCUCUGGGGACCAACCUGUUCACAGAAAUCACUAUCCCGUACUUACUGUUAGUGGUGUAAUGUUGUCCUCUGCCUGGGGAGGUGGAAGAGUGGUGUGCCAAGGCCACCAGUCUUAAGUCAGACUACCUUGGGUUCAAGUCCUGGCUCUACAAGUUGGCAGCUGUGUGAUGUUAGGCAGGUUACUUGACCUCUCUGUUUCAGUGUUCUUUUCAGUAAAAUGGGAAGAUAGUAACCACCUCAUUGACAUUAAACAGCACCUGGUGAUUACCAAGCAUGAAGGUGGUGGUGAUUGGCAGGAAACCUGUGACAUCAUUUAGCCCCUUGCCUUCCUUGAUCCCUUUUCAAAAACCUAUGUUUGCACACACUCCUUCCCCCUGCAGUUCCCUCCCACCUGCCUCCUCUCCUCCCUUUCUCGCUUUCUUUUUUCUAUUUUACAAUAUUUUAAAAUACAGUAGAGACCUCGACACCAGACUUGUUUAGAAGACCUCACUGAGUGGAUAAUGAAUUCUUUGAAGAUGGUACUGGUAAGGUCUCUGGAGUACACAUGAUGGGCCAGGCUAAGGUUAGGGGCAAUAACUUUUUCUUAGGAAGUUUGGUUUACUAGGUCUCCCUUAGAGUUCGGCCCUUCACCCCUAUUACUUGUUUAAGGGAGGUUUCAAGUGCAUUCAGAGGGAAAGGGAGAUGAUUGUGGAACUCCUACUAUGAGCUAAGUGCUCUUAUGUUAGCUCCUUAGGCUUGACAUAAAAACUUCAUUCAGGGAACAAGCCCAGUCUCCUGUGGGGAGUGGGGAGGGAGCCCUCUCAGGAAGGCUGAGGCCUGCCUGUCUGUCCUUCCCAGUACUGCUGGCAGCGUUGUGGGACGCACCACUGGGAAAGCUAAAAGGCCUAGCCUAUCUAGGUAAGAAGAGGCGGCCUUGGAUCCCCCAGGGAGCAAUCAGCUGGCUGCAGAGUGGGGAGGGCCUUGAGCUGGUCUUUGAAGAAUUAGGAGGAUUUAGAUAAGCCGGAAGGGGAGGGGGCAUUCCACGCCAGUUGCCCAGCAUCGGGGCCAAAACUGAACAAAGGCCUGGGGGUGGGCAGGGCAGCCGGCAUGAAGGGCACUUGUUGGAGCAGGGGGCAGCUGGUGGGGAACGGGGUGCCAAGCAUGGGUGCCUGAGCCCACUGUCAGACCCGGGGAGAGCGCGGGAGGGAAGUUUGUGAGCUGGGGAAGGACGGGAUGAGAAGAGAUCUGUGAAAAAGGCGAGUGGCAAGGGGCGAGGGCUGGACUGGAGAGGCUGAGGGAGACCAGUGGCGGAAAAGCUGCAGCAACGCAGGUGGGAUGUGCUGAGGGCCUGGCCCCCAAGGCAGGAGGGGAGAGCAAAGGAGGUGAGGAAGGCUUCAGAGAUGGCCUCUAGGUUUCCAUGGUGAAGGACCAGAAAAUAAGGCCAAUGGGAGGCGGGGAGGGGGCAGCCUUAGAGGCAGGAACAAGGAGGAGUAGGGUUGGUUUGGGCCACGUUGAUAGCAGUGGUUCAAAAUGCUUUUCUUUUCUGCUUAUUUUUAAAGGGAGAGGGCAGGCUUCACUCAUGGUUUUGUAUUCAAAGUUUCAGUGGCUCCCCGGGAGGAACUUCAGUGGAGAAUCCUCAGGAGCGGAGGGAAUGAUCACAGCCCCACAGUUCCUUCUGGUUAUUUUUAAGGUUCUAACCAUCCCUGUUCAGGCUGGAAUUUCCAGGAACUGGCUGCUGCCCAGAGCCAACUGCUCCCUCCCAGCCUCCCACUCCCUGCAGGGUGGGGCCCCAUGGGUGGAGGCUCCUUAGGGUGGAGUUGGGUGGGUCUCCAGUGAUAGGGAGGGCACUGAGCAGAGGCAGAUGAGAGGCAGCGGGGCCUCACGCAGCCCUUCUGGAUUUGAUUAUAUAACACUUCACAGAAGAGAACUCUGAGGGCUUAGGCGAGGCCUUGUGAGAUAUGUACACAGCAGGAUUAGACAUUACGGGUAUUUUUCAAUUUAUCUUGGGUUGCUUGCCCUUAAAACUAAAACACAAAAUUGUCAGAGAGCAUAAACAGGCAUGUAACCCUAGUAGGAAAAUGAUUCGAAUGUGCUGCAGUUUCUCUAAGAAGGGUGUGGAAUGCCACUAGCCAGAUGGCCUUGAACUCCCAAGGGUAGCAUGGGUGUGGGUGUCCCCACCCCCAGCCAUGCUUUGCUAGGCCUCAGUUUGGAAACUCAGUCAGGCUUUUGCUUGGUUGUUACCUUUGCACCUGUCCUUAUUGACAUGCAAAAUCAAUUGCUUCACUUGGUCUUUCCGCAGUACAGGGUGUGGGCAGAAUCUUAUCUGAAGCCAUGUCCUGUUUGGACAAGUUGGACUUGCCUUGGCAACUCUCCAUAGGGUGGAGCAGAUGGGUGGAGGCAGGAAAGUAAAAUUGGGUGGCUUGUUAGCAGAGAGACAGAGAGGGUGGGUUGUUUGCUCACUGGAUCAUUGUAUUUCAUCUGAAACGAAAUAAUUAACUUCUUUGCCGUUUACAAUACACAUUAAUGCAAAAUAAUUCAUGAGGGGCAAAGAUUUAGAAACAACCCGUGGACUUUUUCCCCUUUUCAAACCAGCCCUAGAAGAGUAAGACAGGUGAAAAUCGCGGAGUGGCAUGAACAUUUCCAAGAAUGUCCGGGUAGGAAUUUCCAGGCAGGAAUUUCCAGGCCGAACACCAGAGCACCCUAGAAGGUUUAACUAAAAGAAUGCUCAUGUUUGACCCAGUUCCUGUCAAGCAAGAGGCCAUGGACCCUGUCUCAGUGUCAUACCCAUCUAAUUACAUGGAAUCCAUGAAGCCCAACAAAUAUGGGGUCAUCUACUCCACACCAUUGCCCGAGAAGUUCUUUCAGACCCCAGAAGGCCUGUCACACGGAAUACAGAUGGAGCCAGUGGACCUCACGGUGAACAAGCGGAGUUCACCCCCUUCGGCUGGGAAUUCGCCCUCCUCUCUGAAGUUCCCGUCCUCACACCGGAGAGCCUCGCCUGGGUUGAGCAUGCCAUCUUCCAGCCCACCGAUAAAAAAAUACUCACCCCCUUCUCCAGGCGUGCAGCCCUUCGGCGUGCCACUGUCCAUGCCACCAGUGAUGGCAGCUGCUCUCUCACGGCACGGAAUACGGAGCCCGGGGAUCCUGCCCGUCAUCCAGCCGGUGGUGGUGCAGCCCGUCCCCUUUAUGUACACGAGUCACCUCCAGCAGCCUCUCAUGGUCUCCUUGUCGGAGGAGAUGGAAAAUUCCAGUAGUAGCAUGCAAGUACCUGUAAUUGAAUCAUAUGAGAAGCCUAUAUCACAGAAAAAAAUUAAAAUAGAACCUGGGAUUGAACCACAGAGGACAGAUUAUUAUCCUGAAGAAAUGUCACCCCCCUUAAUGAACUCAGUGUCCCCCCCGCAAGCAUUGUUGCAAGAGAAUCACCCUUCGGUCAUCGUGCAGCCUGGGAAGAGACCUUUACCUGUGGAAUCCCCGGAUACUCAAAGGAAGCGGAGGAUACACAGAUGUGAUUAUGAUGGAUGCAACAAAGUGUACACUAAAAGCUCCCACUUGAAAGCACACAGAAGAACACACACAGGAGAAAAACCCUACAAAUGUACAUGGGAAGGAUGCACAUGGAAGUUUGCUCGGUCUGAUGAACUAACAAGACAUUUCCGAAAACAUACUGGAAUCAAACCUUUCCAGUGCCCGGACUGCGACCGCAGCUUCUCCCGUUCUGACCAUCUUGCCCUCCAUAGGAAACGCCACAUGCUAGUCUGAUCGCCCCUGUGUCCUGCCUCAGCGUGACUCCCCACUCACCUGGCUCUCUCUCUGUCCUGCCUCCCAUUAUCUAACACAUUUUUUACAUGUACAUUUUAAUUUGAUUCAGCUGGUCUGAAUCUCGGAAUUUAUAUCAUCCAAAACUUCCAUAUGGUCAGUAGUAGACGUUCUCUAAUCCUCCCUCUCCUUACCACGGGUCAGACCUAAAGAAUGUGAACACUUUUUUUUUUUUUUUUUUUUUCUGGGGAUGCUAAGCAAACCCUUCUUAUAGAUACGUUUAAUGUAAUAAGAACAAGGGAACAUGUAAACUAACAUAACCAAUUGUCAGUUCUCCAUGUAUUCCUCAAAAGAA